GCUUGCGCGGGGCGCCCCCCGUUGAGCGGCGCGCUCCUCGGCUCUGCCAGGCGGGCGACCUGGCCCCUGCCCUGGAGCAGCCAUGCUUCUCCGGCUGGGCAUUCGGUGUCUGCGGCCAGUGCCUGCUCUGCAACUCCAGGCACGGGGCCCCCCACUUCAGCUGGCCCCAGCGGGCGACGUUAAACGUUCCGCUCUGCCGGCGUGGGCAGUGGCCUCAGUCUCCGCCGCUGGCCCAGGCGGCGCGGGCGGCUGGUAUGAAGCGCUGGCCGCGUCGGCGCCGGUGCAGGGCGCGGAGACGGUGCUGCUCGGAGCGCACGCGGCCACAGGCCUGCCCUGGUGGGGCACCAUCCUCCUCACCACCGUGGCGCUGCGCGCUGCCGUCACGCUGCCCCUGGCCGCCUACCAGCACUACAUCCUGGCCAAGGUGGAAAAUUUGCAGCCAGAAAUAAAAAAUAUUGCCAGGCAUCUUAACCAAGAAGUUGCAGUUCAUGCAAAUCGGUUAGGUUGGUCCAAAAAUGUUGCCAGGCUCACUUAUCUAAAGAAUAUGCGGAGGCUUGUUUCAGAACUGUAUAUUCGGGAUAAUUGCCACCCUUUCAAAGCCACUGUGUUGGUCUGGAUUCAGCUUCCAAUGUGGAUCUUCAUGUCUGUUGCUCUCCGGAAUUUUAGCACAGGGGCAGCACAUUCAGAAGGUUUUUCCAUUCAAGAGCAGUUAGCUGCUGGUGGAGUCCUUUGGUUCCCUGAUCUCACUGCACAGGAUUCCACUUGGAUUCUACCGGUUUCCGUUGGUGUCAUUAAUUUAUUAAUAGUGGAGAUUUUUGCUUUGCAAAAGAUUGGAAUGUCUCGUUUUCAGACAUAUAUUACAUAUUUUGUCCGUGUGGUAUCAGUGCUGAUGAUUCCAAUUGCUGCAACAGUACCUUCAUCGAUUGUUCUCUACUGGCUGUGCUCCAGCAUUAUGGGACUUUCACAGAACUUGCUGCUUCGCUCUCCUGGGUUUCGCCAAUUUUGCCGAAUACCGUCAACUAAGUUAGAUUCAGACACUCCUUACAAGGACCUCUUUGCUGCCUUUCAUACAAAAUUCAUUUCAAGAAAAUGACAUACAGUGAUUUUCAAACAAGUGUUGCUACCAUCUCAUAUACUUAGAAGAUCUAGAAAUUCAGAUAUGAUUUAAUUGCCUUUAUUUAAAAUCAUGAACUCUGUGAAGUACAUUGGGUUAAGAUAAAAUCCAGAUGUAUUUUACAAUGCUUAAAAUAUUUAAAAUGCUAGAAAGGUAAUGAUUUUUUUGUGUUUUUAAAAAAUUUUUUUUAUUGAGUAAAUAUUGCUUUACAUCAUCGCUUUCAUAAUAGAAGUGUAGGAUCCCCCCUUCAGGCAUUGUUGCUGUAGUGCACCCACCAAAGGGUAGUGUGUUUAAUUGUAUAGUAAGAGUAUCAAAGUCUAGCUCUUUCUGGCUAAAGAUGCCUGAACUUGGAGAACAGAAAACUAAAUGAAGUUAAAUACUGUUAAAUGAUGUUACAGUUUUAAAAAAUAGGAUAGCCCAAUGAAGUGAUUCUUAGAAUUUUGGAUGUGUGAAAGGUCAUAGACCCAUUGGAACAUCUGGGAAAGCUAUGGUUUUCUCUUCAAAAAAGCCUGAGAUUCACAACAUGGGAGCCUUCACUGAUCCUUCUGAAGGCCUCUGGCAACUCCUGGUAAAGAACUUUUAUUCUAAUCAACGCACAUGUUGAUGAUGAGAUCACAUAUGAUUUUAAAAACUAGAUUUGAGAUCCAUGAGUAGAGUAAUUCAUAUUUGUAGGACAAUACCUAAUAUGGCCAGUGAUAUUGCCUCUCAGCCUUAUUUUCUGUGAAAGAAUACAGAAAGUGUACAUUCCUUUCUUUUUUUUUUUUUUAAUUUAAAAAGUCUAGGACACAGGGCCUCCCCGGUGGUGCAGGCGGUUGAGUGCAGCUCUGUGAAGCUGUCCGCAGCCUCUGCAGCAUGAGUUUGAUCCCUGGCAGGCCAGGGAGCAACCCAUGUGGUGCAGCAGACCUCUCCUGACUUGCCUGCUAUUCCCCUCAGCAGUGUAUUUCAUCAGUCUGCUUGUUCUGUACCCCACUCUGUCCCUGGUGAAUCCUCUCACCCUCCACAACUCUGGCCUAUACCCCAGUUCUUGUAUGUAUAAAUAAAUAAAUCUUUUUUAAAAAGCCUUUAAAAAAAAAAGUCUAGAAUACAGACUAAUGAGUAGAAAACUGUAAGCAGUAUGUUUAGUCAAAGGAAGAAAACUGAAAACAAUUUUAUAAACCCUAACUUACUUGAAAGGAUUAAGUAUUGAAUUGGUAUAAACUGUAGCAGAGGUUUAAUAUAGGGGGAAAAAUGAUAGGUAAUGUAAAUUAUGAACCCAGUUAUUUGCUUAUUUAAUUUGAAAAGAUAAAAUUCUGGUUGAGACAUUUAAGAACUAAUUUCACAGGCUUUUGAGAAGAUUAUAAACUAAGUUUUCAUUAAGUUGGAAUAUGAACCUGAUUCUGAGAUGCUAAAUCAUCCCGCCUCAUGUUUUCCAAUAAAAUAAAAACUAAAGUGAAAUUAAUCACUUUUUGAGUGAUGUGUAUUAAAUCUUAGCCAUGUAGGAUGCCAUUUUACUGCAGUUCGUUGAGAUUUCAGAGGUACCAAUUUAUUUAUUUAUUUAUUUAUUUUUCCCCAAAAGCACAGUUUUUAUUUAUACAGAGUCCUAACCACUUCAGCAGCAGGAGGAAUGGGAGAGGUUCUUUUUUCAGUUCAGGGGCCUCCAUAAUGUUGAUCCGUUGUUACCAAACACACAGGCAAGUGGCGUCAUGAAUUUGGUAAGCUAACUACAAUGUUUAGUCUCUCUCUGCUAGAGCAACAAGGUGAGCGUCAAUCUAUGCUUCUGUAAGAAUCCUGAAUUUAGGAUUUUCAACUGUAACUACUCCAACUUCUAUUUCGGAAGGUUUGAAAUCAAUUGACAGAAUAGUAGACAGGCAUGUAAUCACAGUUUCCACUGUCUGUUCAAAUGUCCAAUCAAAUUUCUUCUUCACUUUUUUUUCAAGGAAGCUGGUUGACUCAGUUUGUUUAACUCCUGCUGCAGUGGCUUUAAACCCACAGUAGUAACCUGCAGGAUCACACUUGUACACCUGAGGGCCUUGUUCUUCAUCUAUGCCAAUUAAAAUCAUACAACACCCAAGAGGCCUCAUUUCAGCAUUCUGUGUGUAGACCUGAGAAAUAAUCAGCAAUUCUUUUAUACAGCAUGUCCACGGGAAUCUCGUAGCCAUACUUGUAUUUCCAAUUUGCUGCCUCAUAGCGUGCCCUCUGUACCUGGGAUCUGCUGUCAGCUGUCAUUCCUGUCAUGACACAGCCAAUGUUUUCAGUUAUCUUGAAUAAGUGGGUCGCUGUGCUGGAAUCCAGUAAUUUGUCAGGUACUUUCUUCUGUGUGACAAUUACUGCACAGUCUUUCCCUCCGACAGCUACUGAUGUAAGGCCACCCUGGUUAAUAGCCUUAAAAGCAUAUUCUACUUGGUAGAGCCGACUCUCGGGAGAAAAAAUGGUAAUAUGACGGUCAAAACCAGCACUGGACCUGCGGGACAUGUUGGCGGACCCACUACUUCAAGCCCCAGAUCCCGUAGCUCAGAGUUACCAAUUUAAACUAGAUUCUUUUUCCUGACUUCCCAGACCUGUUUAGGCAACUGCUACUUCCUAGUCACAGUGACGAAUUAAAAAUUAUAGACA